AUCAGGAGGUAUGUAGUGCCUUCUUUUGUUCUACUAUGUAGGUACAGAAAUCGGACAAAGUCAACGAGCCACAAGGUCCUCUGCAUCUUGCACUACUUCAGUCGCGUUCUGUCGGAUGAGCCGCCUUGCGGCACUGUGACGUUCAGCCGACGCUGCCUCGACGAGCCGCCUGAUUUCGCCGCGAGCGCCGCAACAUUCAACUCCAUCGUCAAUUUUGCUAAUCGUUUUCUCGGCGGAGGUGUGCUUCGUGGUGGGUGCGUUCAGGAGGAGAUUCUUUGCUGUAUUCGACCCGAGAUCAUUGUUGGACGACUUUUUGUUGAGGCCCUGGAACCCCACGAGGCUCUCAUCAUUGAAGGUGCGGAGCGGUUUUCGCGCUAUACCGGCUACGCCAGCACAUUUCAGUGGACUGGCAACUUUGACGAGGCCAAGGACGCUGGAAACACCCGGCGAAUUCGUGCUUUCUUAAUGGUCGGUUUUACUUUCUUGCCCCCCCCCCCC